AUGGGAGACGAAUACGAAGAACUCGGUCCAGCACAAGGCUCUACACCGCCGCCAGACACCGGUGCGGCUACUCCAGGUGGAGCAGCCGCACCACCAGAGCCACCUCCUCCACCUCCUCCCGAGUCGAUACAAAAGGUGCCCGGACGAGAUGACCGAACCGAACUGGAAUCAGAGAAAGGUAAUGACCUGAAUAGUAUCUGCAGUAUAAAUAUCAACUGA